AUGGCUCCGCUCAGACGCCGUGCCUGGAGGUGGGCUGCUCUGUCGCUGUUCGGGCUGGCCAUCAACUGGCGCCUGCCCGGGCGGGCAGAAGUGGCCGCGGUCAAGGAAGGGGCAAGCACCGCUGCCACAGGUUCUUCUGGGUCAGGUUCUUCUGGAGCAGGUUCUGCUGGCACUUGCGGAGAAGCCCUGACUGCGGGGCAAAACCGGUUUGAUGAUGCUUUGCGGACGUGGACCGAAACUUCGCGUGCCGGACGUGCUCUGCCCGGCUUCGGUAGCGUGGCGGACAGCGCUGAGCAGGCAUCCCUGGCCGCCUUCGACAGUGCAGCUGGCUCGCAAGGUGCCUGCGACGCGCAGCGAAAGGCUUUGCAGGAUCGGAUCAGAAAAGAUGUGCUGCAAAUAGUGGCUUUGCAGCGCAGCAUUGCCGAGCGGCAAGCAUCGGCAGACCUCAACAGGAAGCUCCUGAAUAAGAUGUCCCAACGCGGUGGCCCUCUGCGAGUGCAGGAAAAGCUGAAUAUCUUGGAAGAAACAUUCAAUGCGUACAAGGCUUCCGUGAAGAAGCUCCAGCCAGCGUGGGCAGACAUGGUCGACCCCCAGGAGGCUGCGACAGAACGUCGCCUGGGUGACCUGGAGUUCGGUGUGGAGGACAGCAGGGAAGGACUUGCACUGCAAAAGAAGUGGGAAGAUCGUCGUAUGAGAGAUUUGAUGAGCAAGCGAGCCUACGGCAUGUCAGUGUCCUUCGAUCCUGCUUUGCGAGUUCUUGUGCGGCCUGAAGGACUGGGCAACUUGCAGGUUUUCUCUCAAGGGCCCCUGGGUCCCCCGAGCCAUCCUGCCAACGUGAACUUUGGUGUCAUCAAUGAUGCCUCAAUGCCAGACGUCUACCGAGAGCAUCCUGUUCCACCUUUCUUGGCUGUGCAGCCGGCGGUCAACGUGAACCUGAACUUGGGUUCCGGCUCGUGA